GCUUAAAUAGAUUAAUCUUAAAAUCCCGCUAAAAAACAAUAAAGGCAAAAAAAAAAUAUAUCAACCAGCUUGGCUAGCAGACCCCGGAAGAUGGUUCUUAAUGGCUCUCUUGAAUGCAAGUAUUCCCUUUUUUUUGUAAUUGUCAUUAAGACUAUUAUACACCUUGACAGCGUUGUAGGUGAAGCUACGAUGGAAAAUGUCGCUCCUAUAACUAGGUAUAUUGAAGUCAGAGUUAUGUCUGAGAUUCCUGUAAUUGAAAUCCCCACGUAGUACCAGCCUUUUUAGUAG